GACGCUUCAAUUACUUUUAGAGCGUGGGAGGGACAGGUGGUGGUUGGUGUUAUCAUGAGUAGUUAGAAUUUCUCAGGGACUUGUACAACACACAUCUAUUUUUUGAACUAUGUCAACAAUUCGUGUCAAAAUAGGGUAUCAGAUUAUAUUAGGGCAUCAGUCGUAGGAUAAUCUACUUUUUGUGAGAAGGCAGGAUGAGUGACGGGGAUCAUAAUAACGUAAUAACGACCAACAACAAGUCCAACAACGGGGUCAAACAUUUCUCAAUCUUGAGAAAGUCCAGCUCAACGGUGGCUCCAUUAAUAUCGCAGGAACGCGUGAUCGACUUGGGCAGCCUGGAUCACGCUUUGCAUCCCUUUGCUAACAAUGGCAAGUUAUUUAAUGGAGGGAAUCAAUAAUAUCGAUGGAAUGCCAUUUGUGUGGUUCGUGUGGUAUAGAUUCUUUCAUUAAAAACUCAAUUUUUGCUCUUUUUUGUGUAAUAGCCACAACAGAAAAUCGAAGUCAAAAUGAAAGCAGAGCAACCACCCCAAGUUAUGGGAGACGGGAACCGAAUGAAAUUUCGUUUCUGUCAAGUUUGGACAAAGUCAAAAUUUCUCAUGGUGUAAAAGAAGAAUGUCUAACUUGUUGCCAAACGUUGGAAUUCAGAAAUCCAGAAAAUGACGUUGUAAUGAAAGCGACCAGAAAGAGGGGUUGUUCGCAUCAAAAUUAUGAAAUUUUUCACGUAAUUACCCGAGAAUUGGUUAUCCUUAUAGAGAUUGAUGAUGGAACUUGGUCAUGUACUGUGCCAAAUAACAUCCAGAUUUAUGGGCCUCCAGGAAGAUUAUUAGGUAGCGUUAAUCGAUACUCGGCUUGCGGGUCGAAUAGUUUUUUUGAAGUUAGAAACGCUGUUGGAGAUUCAAUUUAUACCGUAGAGCCGAAAUUCCAAGGGUGCUUUGGUACUAGCUUUGGUCCAACAGAGUAUCCGAUUGUAUGUAAUGAUGAAAGCAAUUUAAAAGUUGCACAAGUGAUCAGCUUUGGAUGUUUUUGUGGGUCUAAUCUAACCGUCAACUUUAUCGAAGAUCUUAUCCCGUCAAAACGAGCGCUGGUCAUUGGAUUUGCUAUGAUGGUGGACUUGCAACACCAGAUUCAAGUUUUCUAAAUAACGUGGAGUUAAGAAAUCCUGAAUGUAUUUUAAAUUAACAAGUUAAUAUACUUUUAAUGUAUAUUCCAAAAAUAUUACGUUAUAAAAUAAGACCUAAAAUUUCUGUACUGGAACCAAA